AUGGACAAGGAUCUCUUCAUUUAGAAAUAUGGGGAAAACAGUUCAAUAAAAUAAGCAUUUCUCAGAAAAGCAUAUCAGAAUUAUUUCAUGCUGAAAUCAAGUAUUAAUAAGGAUAAAAACAAAAAGAGUAACAAAAGUGUCGAUUCAUCUUAAUAUUCAUCAACCAAAAUCAAAACAAAUCAAAGUAAAUGUUCUUUUGUUGAAUCAUCAAGUAAUAAGGACAACAUAUCCUAAAUGACAGAGUUUCAUUAUAACAAAUUAAAGAGCAAAUGGUUAAUGGAUGACAAAUAGAAUGAAGUCUUAAUAUCGAUAAUGUAAAGGAAGAGGAAAUAAUUGGAGUUGGAAGAGAAAUAAAGAGAACUGGAAAUCUCUAAAAUUUAAUAAGCUAUUUAAUUAAGAGAGAAUUUGGAAACUGAUAGAAAACGACAAUUUUAUAAAGAAUCUGAAUUGUUUCGAAAUCAAUAAAGUGAAAGGAAAUACUUAGAACAAGAGAAACUUAAAUCUAAAGAGCAAGAAUAUUUAUUAUUAGCAAAAAGAAUGGCGAAAAAUGAAGAACUUGCUAAAUUAGAAGAACAAAUUGUUCAUAGAUAGAAAUGCAAAUUACAAUUUUAAAUGUUGGAACAGCAAAGAAAAACCAAUUCCUUUUUACUCUCUUGA